CUCGCGUCCUGACGCACGACGGGGGCGUGUCCCGAGAGCGCGCCGCGCGUCCCCGCUUGUUGUUCCCGCAGAGAGGGCAGAAGAUGGCGGCCGUGUCGAGCGGGGCUGCUGCCGCCGCCGGGAUUCCGCUCCCGCACCGCGAGCGAGCGCUCCCCAACGCGCCGCACGUCAGCCGCCCGCCCCCCGCGCGCGUCGGAUACUACGAGAUGGAGCGGACCAUCGGGAAGGGCAACUUCGCCGUGGUCAAACUCGCCACGCACAUGAUCACCAGAGCCAAGGUUGCGAUAAAGAUCGUGGAUAAGACUCAGCUGGACGAUGAGAAUCUGAAGAAGAUCUUCCGGGAGGUUCAGAUCAUGAAGAUGCUGCGACACCCUCACAUCAUCCGUCUGUACCAGGUGAUGGAGACGGAGCGGCUGAUCUAUCUGGUGACCGAGUACGCCAGCGGAGGAGAGAUCUUCGAUCACCUCGUGGCUCACGGACGGAUGGCGGAGAAAGACGCGCGGCGGAAGUUCAAGCAGAUCGUAGCAGCGGUUUAUUUCUGUCACUGCAGGAACAUCGUCCACAGAGACCUGAAGGCAGAAAACCUGCUGCUGGACCACAACCUCAACAUCAAGAUCGCAGAUUUCGGCUUCAGUAAUCUGUUUUCUCGAGGACAGCUGCUGAAGACGUGGUGUGGCAGUCCUCCGUAUGCCGCACCCGAACUCUUCGAGGGAAAAGAGUAUGACGGACCUAAAGUGGACAUAUGGAGUUUGGGUGUGGUGUUGUAUGUUCUGGUCUGUGGCGCUUUACCGUUUGAUGGAAGCACUUUACAGAACCUUCGCGCUCGAGUCCUCAGUGGAAAGUUCCGGAUCCCGUUCUUCAUGUCUACAGACUGUGAGUAUCUGAUCAGACACAUGUUGGUUCUGGAGCCCAGUCGACGGCUUUCAAUGGAGCAGAUCUGCAAGAACAAGUGGAUGAGACAAGGAGACCCUGACCCCGAGUUUGACCGACUGAUAGCAGAAUGUGAGCAGGUGAAGGUGGAGAGAGAAACUGAAUUAAUUAACGAGCAGAUUCUGAUGGCCAUGUCGGAGAUGGGCUUCGACCGCGAGCGGACCUUACAGUCUCUGCACACUGAUGCGUACGAUCACUACAGCGCCACCUACAGUCUGCUGUCUGACAAACUCAAGCGGCACAAGAACCUGUGUGUGGCUCCGCCCACGCCCCGCCCCCUCUACCCGCUCAACGCUGUGCAGGAUCAGAGUAGUGCUGUCAGUAUGACAGUGCCGCAGGUUCAGCUCAUAAACCCCGAGAAUCAGAUCGUCGAGACGGACGGGACGAUGGCUCUGGACAGCGAUGAGGGAGAAGAGCCCAGUCCAGAAGCGAUGGCCAGAUACCUGUCCAUGAGACGCCACACUGUCGGUGUACCUGACCCCAGGGCUGAGAUUCAGGAGGAUCUUCAGAAACUGGCCCCUGGGUUUCCGCGAGUGGCCCCUCAGCCGCCCUUCCCUCCGCUGGUUCCCACCAUGGCACAGAUGCAUCUGAUACCGACCCCGAACCUGCAGCCCACGCAGCAGCUGGAGUACAAGGAACAGUCUCUCCUGCAGCCUCCCACCCUGCAGCUGCUGAAUGGCAUGGGUCCUCUGGGCCGCCGGGCGUCUGACGGCGGGGCCAACAUUCAGCUCCACGCGCAGCAGCUGUUGAAGAGGCCGCGCGGUCAGUCGCCGCUGGUCACCAGCCCGCAUCCGAUCCUGGACGUGGCUCCGGUGGAUGAGGAGGGGUCCGACGCAGAACCCGAUCCGGAGGCCGUUCAGAGGUAUCUGGCGAACAGUUCCAAGCGGCACACGACACACGGCACGGGCCCCGAGCUCUUGGCAGAAACACAGAGAAACCGGCAGAGGGGCUGGAGCCCUGAGCAGCACUGCCGGUCGUCGUAUAAAGACUGUAACACUCUUCACCUGCCGAUGGAGCGCUUCUCUCCCGUCAGACGCUUCUCAGACGGAGCCGCCACCAUCCAAGCCUUCAAGAUGCAGCUGGAGAACAACAGUCUGAUCCGACAGCUCAAACAGGAGUGUGAGCAGCUUCAGAAGAUGUACGCGGCUCCGCAGGACGAGCGUCUGAUGGAGCACACACAGCAGCAGCACAUCCUCUACCAGCAGGAACAGCAGAUCCUACACCAGCAGAUACAGGCCCUGUCUUUGGGACAUGGAGAAAACCAGCCCAGCAGUCACCUGACAUACCAGCUACAGAGGUUGCGUAUUCAGCCCUCCAGUCCUCCUCCUACGCAUCCCAACAACCACCUCUUCAGGCCAGCCAAUCAGAGUCCUCCUCCGGGGAGUCAGGGGAUGAUGCAGGCACACGGCGGGCCGUCUGCGGUUCAGUUCCAGCAUGGCUCCGCCCUCUACCAGUCUCCCAGCGCCAGCCCUCCCCCCACCAGCCUCCCCCGCAUGGCGCUGCCCAAUCAGCAGCCUCCGCCAGGCUCCGCCCGCACGCUCGCGCAACAGCAGGUGACCAUUCAGGUGCAGGAGGUGGAGCUGGGGGGCGGAGCCCAGCGGCAGGGCUUCCUAGCCACGCCCUCUCACAGAGUUCUGGGGAAGCAGCUGAGCGCAGAUAACGCAGAAACUCACAGUCGCAGCUUGAGUCGCUUCCACACUGCUAUGUACGAGCAGUUUACCCCGCACAUGUUCGGCGAGGGCGUGAGCGGCGUCAUCGGCACCUAUAACCCCUACCUGCAGGGGGCGUCGCUGAAGGUGCCGGGGCUGGAGGGCUAUCAGGGCUAUCCGUCUGCACUGCAGCAGGCUCUGCUCUCUCCCACGCCGCUGGAGUAUCGUACGGCUCAGCAGCACGUCACGCCCACCCUGCAGGGCCUGCUCUCGCCGCGCCACUCGCUUACGGGUCACGCUGACCCUCGCCUGCCUCCGCAGGACCUCGCCGCGCUGCUCAAACGCCAGAGCCUCCGUUCGGCUCCGCCCCCCGGUGUCAUGGCCCCGCCCGCCGCCGCCGUGGCUCCGCCCACCAACCCGCAGGACUACGGGGAGAUGCUGAUGCUGCAGCAACUCGGCCAAGCGGCUGAGAGCUUAGACCCCGCCCCUCCACAGGCCCCGCCCCCUCAGCACUACCAUCACCUGCUCCAAAUCAGAACCCCACCUGAAUGCCCCGCCCCUCACUCGGAGAGCAUGGAGGAGGACGAGAUGCCGGCCUAUCACGAGGGCCUGCUGGCCAAAGCCGCCGCCCCCUGCACCGAGGGACAUGAGAUGCUGGCUCCGCCCCUUGGCUCCUCCCCCACCCACAGACACGCCUACUUGCGCAGCAGCACGGCGGCCAGAGAGGCGUGUGCUGAUGCUGCAGAGUGUCGGGUGAUGGAGGGAGAUCAUAACGGCUACGGCUCACGCGCCGCACAGGGAGACGCUUUCAGACCACGAGCUUCAUUACAGCGACACCACACCAUCCAGACCUGCGACGAUGCUUACGAACAGGUGGAGCCCAUGUCUGGAAUGAGCUUAUUGGCUGGCAAGGCGCUAAGCUCCGCCCGCAUGUCUGACAUCCUCAGCCAAUCGUCUCUGACAGGAAGCCAGCAGCUACAGCAGAGGGAGGGGUCAGUGUGUGACGUGGAGGCAGACGUUCACCCCGCCGCGUGCUACCCUUCCUCCUGCACCAGUGACAUGCUGCUAAGCUACAAACCCCCGGAUCUGCAGUACAGCGUGGAGCAGGCCGGGGUCUAAUGAACACAGGGGUGUAUUUGCUGUAUAAAGCUCAUAUCCGUCUGCUGUGUUGUGCUGUCAUGCCAAAUCCUCAUCGUCUGUCUGUCGGGGUGUCGUGGGUGUGGGCGCUGCACGCAGGGGGCGGAGCUCUCGGCUUCCUCUUCCACUGGGAGCGUCUCCGAUUGGCUGCAGCCCAAUAAUCAUCCGCCCCUCCCGCACCCCAAACCCCUCCUACCGUUGCCAUAGCAGCGCUGUCGCGCACUCCGAUGUACAAGGCAAACACAGAGUCUUACGUAAACACACACACACACACACAUGAAGAGACGACAUCUUUACCAAACGCCACAAACCCAAAGUAUUUCACGUGAAGCCUGCGCCGCGGCGGAUCAUUCCGGUCACGAUCGACCCCUUCCGCCGGGACGGCCGACUCUCACUCGCUCUACACUUUCUUCACUUCUGUUUUUUAUUUUUAACGCAUUUUUAUGGCUAAUGUUCUGUAGGAAUUAUGAUUAUUGUUCUUGUUUUCUGUAAAAGACGUUUUAUGGUUAUGACAUUAUUAAAAGAAUGACGAUUAUUAUUAAAACCGUUCUGUGUUGCAAGAGAACAGCCGUGUUCGUUUACUCACGGUGAUUUUUGCACUUUCAGUUUUUGUGACUUUCCUUUCGGUUUCGCUCUUCCUCCCUGUCCCUCGUCCUCCAUUCCGUCCGUCUGACGACAGGUGCAUUGUGGGUAGUUUCACAGAUCCUGCUCAUGGGCCGUCAUCUUUUCUGUUUCAGAGCUUUAUCGGUUAUUUUUGUGGAUGUUGUUAGAAAAGCUUUUGUAUAUUGUUGAUUUUUGCGGUUUUAUUUCUGUUCUGACGUCAUGCCGCUGUUUUUAGCCAAACGGACGGACGCUUCGUUUCACGUCUCUCUCAGAGUUUAAAGCCCAAACGUGCUGAAAUUGGACGAUUUCUGCCGCCGUUUCAUCUUCAGUCUGACCAAUCCAAUAACUGUCAUGUGAUCGUCUGAGGAGAGACGGACGCGAGUCUGUGAUGAAGAGAACCAUCAUCCUCCGUCUGUUCAUCAUGUCACGCUCCUCCCUCUUUUCUUUUAUAGAGCUUUGUCAUUUUCUUUUCUUUCGUUUAUUUUCUUUUUAUUUUAUUUUUCUGGCUUUAUGUUUUUGGAAAAAUACUAAAGUGCAACAACAAUGGUUAAAAAAGAUUCCAAAUAAACUGAGAGAAAUAAUAAAUAUAUAUAUAAAUAAAGAAAUGACUAUGACA